AUGAAAAACUACAAGCACAGCAUUUCACGUUGCUAUAAAAAUGUUAAUGAGCAAAGAGGUGAGGAAUAUUGGGAUUAUGAAAAGACUUCCAUUGAUUACAGGAUAAUUAAUAAUAGAACGAGAGAAUAUGAAAUUUUAACUAAAGUUGGGCGCGGCAAAUAUAGUGAAGUUUUUAAAGGCAUAGGUCUAAAAUCAAAAAAAUUAGUUGUUAUUAAAAUGUUAAAACCAGUUAAAAAAAAGAAAAUCAAACGUGAAAUUCAAAUUUUAAGUAAUUUAAGUAACUAUUCGAAAUAUGUUAAUAUUGAUGAAAAGACAAAAAACAUGGAAUUCAACGAAAAAUCCUACUUGAAUGAGGAUACCAUCGUUCCAGCUGACACUAUAGUAGAGCAAAAUAAAUUAGAAACUUCUCGUUAUACCAGAGAAUACUACAAUUUACCACAUGAUGGAUACAGAAACAUUAUUGGGCUACUAGACGUUUUACGCGAUCCCGUCUCUAAAACUCCAUCCCUAGUUUUUGAAUAUGUAGAAAAUCUGGAUUUUAGAACUUUGUAUCCCACUCUCAGUGAUCUAGACAUAAGAUUUUAUAUGUUUCAACUAUUGAAGGCACUAGAUUAUUGCCAUUCAAUGGGAAUAAUGCAUAGAGAUGUUAAACCGCAUAACGUGAUGAUAGACCAUAAGAAUAAACAACUGAGAUUGAUUGACUGGGGAUUGGCUGAGUUUUACCAUCCAGGCAUGGAAUAUAAUGUCAGAGUGGCCUCUAGAUUUUUCAAAGGCCCCGAGUUAUUAGUGGAUUAUAGAAUGUAUGAUUAUUCCUUAGAUAUAUGGAGUUUUGGCACUAUGUUAGCCUCAAUGGUUUUCAAGAAAGAACCUUUUUUCCAUGGAAUGAAUAAUGUUGAUCAAUUAGUUAAAAUUGUCCGUGUUUUAGGAACUGAUGAUUUUUUGAAAUAUUUGGAGACUUAUAGAAUCACAUUACCCUCUGAUUAUAAGGAUAUGGAACAUUAUAUUAGAAGACCUUGGAGAAGAUUUAUUAAUGAGGAAAACCAAGAAUUAUCUGACAAUCCGGACAUUUUAGACUUCUUGGAUAAUAUUUUACUAUACGACCAUCAAAAAAGAUUAACUGCUAGAGAAGCUUUACAACAUUCUUGGUUUGCUCCGAUUAGAGAAGGUAACUAUCAAAAAUGA